AUGUACAUUGUCAAAGAUACCUAUACAGCUCCAAGACUAUAUAAAUCAAUCGACGACCCAUACAAACAAUAUCAAUGCCUCCUCGACGAUCCCAUCGGAAAUCCCACAACGGCUGUCUGCAAUGCAAGAGGCGCCAUGUGUGAUGAGAUACGGCCGCGGUGUGGCCCUUGCACGAAACGAGAACUGGGCUGCCAUUUCCAAACGCCUCAGGUCGAAGGGAAUGGAGUAACAUCACAUGAUCAAGGUCUCUCAGAGUCCUACAGAGAGAGGCCUCCAGGACCGAUGCCAGCGAGGACAUUGGAAUUGAAAUUAUGGCAUCACUUUGUAACAGAGACUUACUCCACCUUCAUACCGGGAAACGAACGCCAACGACAAGCCUGGCGUCUCGAUGUCCCGACAAUGGCCUUGGACAAUGCCUUCCUACUGGAUGCCAUGUUUGCCGUCUCAGCCUUACAUUUGGUGUAUCUUGAAGUCGGCACGAAAAAGCAAUGGCUACAGAGCGCGUUGAGAUAUCAGGACCUGGCCCUUGCCGGGCUGAACCAAGCCAUUUCCAGCAUGGAUAAUGAAACCUGCGAGCCUGUUGCCAUUUGCUCGAUCCUUGUUUUCAUGCUCAGCAUUGCGGUGCCUGGUGUCUGUGACAACGCAAAUGAGACGUCUCGGGACCCGAUAGCUGAUAUCCUCGGAAUACGCAAGCUGCUUGAAGGCGUUACCGUCAUCCUCCAACAAUCUGAGGCUACGUUGAGCACCGGGGUUCUCAAAGACUUCUUCCUGCCUAUGUACGCUGAGUUUGGUGGUCUUGUUGCUGAAUCACCAAAUGGAGGAGAAUUAGCUCUCGAAGAGCCUAUUUUAGAAUCUCUCAUGAGACUUGGUGGGUUGAUGAGCAGCAGGGUCGCGCAUCGAGACGAGAUUAUGACUGCCUGUCAAUCCCUGGAGAAACUUAUAUCACCCCUCAGAAAUGUCGGUGCUGUUCUCUCGUGGCCUCUCGGAAUCAGUCCAGUCAUAUUUGAGCUCCUCGGCCAAGAUGAUGAGCUGGCCGCCAUGCUUUUCAUCCAUUACGGGAUGAUCCUGCACUUGCUUGACGACUGGUGGUUUACUAAGAAUGGAGGGAAGCUUCUCGUCCGAGCCAUCCUCUCCCGUUUUUUCCUUUCCAUAGAUGGGAGUUGGAGACCGACGAUUGAGUGGGCGAAGAAUUUCGUUGGCCUCGUGGGAUAA